AGAUACGAAAAUACGAAUAGAAAAUCUAGCAUUAAUCGUUUUGUGAACGAUGGCUGAUCAAGCGGCAGAAAAUGAACUGAGUUUCUUGGCAUUGGUUUGCGACGUUCUCAAAAGUAUCGAAAAAGAAUCUCAUGAUGUGUCCCAGAAGAUGACCGAUUUGAAGAGUCAACUACAGCGAGCAAGAGAAUGUGUUGAGAAAAUGCCUGGGAUUCAGUACAGCAAGACAGAACAGCUAAAACAGAUAGAUGUCCUUCGUAACCAGCUAGCUGUCAAAACCGAGUUACUUCAGAAGUACAAACACAUGCAGACAUUUGAUUUGUCUCAGUAAAAAGUUUUGGAAUUAACAAACCUUUAUAAUAUAAGGGCCGAUUCACAUGUAGACGUUCUUCUAAAUUGUUAAAUAGAUAUUCUAGGCCAGACAUCAGUUUGUUUAUUUUCAUUGGUAGCAUUCUAUACUUUGAUAGUAUUGAGUAUAUUUUUGAUACUAAGAAUCCUUCCAUGAACAUCCAAAUGUCGGACAUAAAAAAUGAGGAUGUGCAGAAGCACCCCAUAUUUCACAAAGACCCAGAGCAAUGGAUGCAGUACAUCAACAAAGAAGUGUUGGUUGUAACCGAGGAUGAAUCUGAAUGGACAGGGUGGGUGUAUACUGUAGACCCAGUCUCAGAAAACAUUGUUCUCUUUGUAUUUGAAGAAGAUAGGACCAAAAUGGAAGUAGUGAUGGGUCAUGCUAUCAGAACAAUUACUAUUCUCAACAGUGAGACACAGACUCACAAAGAUAAGUUUGAUCAGCUUUUUAAAACAGCUGAACAGAGAAGUUUCUCAGAAGAGGAGAUAGAAAAGCGAAGACAUGUUCUAAAACUGUGGCUUGUGAAGAAUCUUCUUCCAGUUAGUGCUACAGGGGACAAUGGUGAAAUACUUUCUAUAUCUGAUGCUGUGUUUAUAGAGCCUCCUUACGGACCAGACAAUUGUCGUAGUACAAACGAGAUCAUUCUGGGAAGGAUUCAGGGCCUUAUCAAGAACAUGCCAGCAGAUCAUGAAAGCUGGUGAUUCUCAUUAUCAAAAUAAUUCAUUUUUUGUCACCUUCACAGACACUACAUUUUGUAACUUUAUUCUUGGUAAUAAAAUGUGUCGAGUAUCA